AUGACUGUCUUUAACCAUACUAGUGUUAGCCACACAGUCUUCUACCUUAUGGGCAUCCCUGGCCUUGAGGACCAGCAUGUGUGGAUCUCUAUCCCCUUCUUCAUUUCCUAUGUCAUCGCCCUGCUUGGGAACAGCCUGCUCGUCUUCAUUAUCCUCACCAAGCGCAGCCUGCAUGAACCCAUGGACCUCUUCCUCUGCAUGCUGUCCGGAGCAGACCUUGUCCUCUCCACGUGCACAGUCCCUCAGGCUUUGGCCAUCUUCUGGUUCAAUGCGAGGGAGAUCUCCCUGGAUUGCUGCAUCACUCAACUCUUCUUCAUCCAUUCCACCUUCAUCUCUGAGUCAGGGAUCUUGCUGGUGAUGGCAUUUAACCACUACAUAGCCAUAUUCUACCCACUGAGAUACACCACUAUUCUUACGCAUACACUGAUAGGGAAAAUCGGUGUGACUAUCUUUUUGAGAAGUUAUGGUACAAUUUCCCCAAUAAUAUUUCUUCUGAAAAGGCUAACUUUUUGUAAAAGUAACAUUUUUCCAACCACUGUUUGUGAGCACAUCGCCGUGGCCAAAUUUUCCUGUGAUGACAUACAAGUAAACUUCUGGUAUGGAUUUUUUGUCCUAUUGUCAACAGUGACCUUAGAUGUUGUGCUAAUAUUUGUGUCAUAUAUGCUUAUUCUCAGUGCUGUCUUCCGCAUCCCUUCUCGAGAUGCUCGCCACAAGACUCUCAAUACAUGUGGCUCUCAUGUCUGUGUCAUCAUACUCUUUUAUGGACGUGGGAUCUUCUCAGCUUUCACUCCUCGCUUUGCACAUCAUAUCUUACCCCGUCAUAUCUUACUGGCCAGUGUUUGCAUUCUGGCUCCUACUAUGCUGAAUCCCAUCAUUUAUGGGAUCAAAACUAAACAGAUCCGGGACCAGGUAUCUCAGGUUUUGUGUCAAAAAAAGAUAUGA